UAAAGUUAUAGCUCUUAGGGCAACAUACAGUUUAAAGAAAACUCUAGGUCAUACACAUACAGUAGAUGAUACCAAUCCACUAGAAUAGUUUAUAAGAGCAGCAAAGAUUUAAAAUAACCAGAAUACAACUAUUGAAAGCAACAGGACAGAACUUAAAAGGCCAUGAAAAAUAGCAGAGUAGAAUCAGAUGGAUCUUAAUGAGGAGAAUAUUCCAAAGCUGGAAGGAACUUCCAUUAAGGCUUCAGCACGUGAGGAUACCUGGAGCAGGACCUAUCACGAUAAUCUCAGGUUUGGGACAGAAUUUAUUGCAAGUUUAUAGCAAAAUAUUAGAUCCAACCAUCUCUGUAUCUAUGUCUAAAACAUCAAUUCAUAUAAUCUUGCAUCUGUAUUACUACAAACAUUAUUCAUCAUCAUUCUAGAUAAACCAGACAGACCAACAAAGUCAGUGGUUUUUAGUUGAAAACAAUGAAUGACACUAAUAUCGGCAGUGUAAAUGCAGCUAUAUCAAAUAUGAUCAGCUAAAUGGACUUUAUAUGGAAAGGAGCAUAGCAUGAAAGGGAGUUGAAGAUGAAAUUCUGUUGGCAACUUCUCUGCAGACUUAAACUCAAGCACUGAAAGGAAACUUACAAAUACACUGAUUUCUUUCUUUUUAUUUUUUUUACCCCACCUUAAUGCUUUAGCAGUCUAAUAUAAAUAGAAACACUCAUUUUCUUUCGUUGCUUUUUUUUUACAUUGAGUCCCUUUCCAAUUUGGAGGUUGUAACAGAAUCAAAAGUUAGAGGUUAUUCAAUUAAAUAAUAAACCAAAAUAAAAUAAUUUUACAAAGACGACUGUCACUUUGUGAAAUGUAGAGAAUAGAUAAUAACAUUGCUACUCAGAUUCAUAGCUCUUUUGAAGUGGCAUCUAUUUCAAUGGAAUGUUUACUCUCAAAUAUGGUUUUUUUAAAAAUUAGGAUUGAAUCAUGAGCAAUGUUUCCCAAAAUAAAAUACAUGCCAUAAUUUGGGGCAAGAAGUAGCAACUUUACUGCUUCCAAAUAACAUUUUCAUUACAGAUUUGAAAUAUUUAAAAUUUAACGGUUCUGCAAGCCACAGCAGUGCAAACACCUUUCAAAAUACUGGAUUAUUUUUGUUUUUGCCAAUAAUGUUAAUUAUUUACAGUUCUGCAGUUUUCAGAACCCAUCUGAAGUCUUCCACAUGGGCUUUUGGAAAUAAUUUUUGCUCACUUAAUUAUUUCUCUCAGUUUUAAGAUUUUCAACCCACAUGGAUGUUUGAACUGACAAUAUACUAAGUUUUGCCUCUUCCCUCUGCUGAAGUUUCCCAUCUCUAUUUUUUUUUACUGUUUCUGAGACUAGAGAGAAAUGCAGCUUGAAUAAACAAAUGAUAAACAACAUUUUAGGUUCUAAAAUACUCUUUGGUAUUUAUCUUUCUUAACCUCAUCUCAAUUUCCCACCCCUGAAUCUUUGAACUAUUUUAUUUAGUACCUUUACCAAUCAAGUCCAAAUUCGUGAAAAAAAAAAUCUUCUUUCAGAAAUUCUGAUAAACAUCCAAAUUCUUUAAGAAGUAAGCAAAGCCUCGGCUGCCUGUCAGAAGUCUUUGGUGAGAAAAGAUUGAUCACUUUCCUCUCCCCCUCAAUCCUUGCUCUUUACUUGCUCUGUUUGUGGGCAACUUUUAAAAAGAGGAUGGGGGUGGAGGCCUACAAACAUUCUUAGAUACAUCCUUAAGAACCAGUUUUGAUAUUUGAAGAAAAGCUUUUAAAAUUAAAUUGACGAUCCCAGAAAAUAUUCAUUUGCGAGGAAAAAAGUGAUAAACUGUGGGGAGAAGGGAGAAUUAUUCUUUCCUAUAUUCUUAAAGAAGCUUUUUAAAAAUAGGUCCUGGGUUACUAACUCACAUCUUUCCCCAUCAUCUCAAACAUUCCAAGGUCUGCUCUAGAAUGUAUUAUCAGAAACAUUUUCUAAAGUCCUUUCAUACAGAUUUGAAUUGGGCAGUUUGGAAUAUUUUUAUUUCAAAUCAGCUGUUUCACAUGAAUUUGUUUCUCACUGUUUCAGUAGGGUUCAGUAGGUUGUUAAAUGAGAAGUGUCUAGAAUAAUGGGAUAUUUCUUCUGUAUACCUUUCCUCUCUUUUAACACCCUUUCUCCGUCUUCAUUCUUUCUUCUACAUUAGGCCUAUCACCCAGGCCAUUUGCCAGAUAAACUUAAAAGACGAAUUGUAACCUUCACUACCUGCUCAUCACCAUCUUGCCCACUAUUACUUCCUCAGUCAAACCUUAAGGAGCAUCUUCCUCUGGAUUUAGCUUUUGUAAUCAGGACAAGAAAUCUUCAAGCAUGACAAGUGGAAGUAUUAUUGCUGUUAUUAUUGUCAUGGUUGCAAUUAUUAUUAGCUAUAAUGGGGGGGGAACCCCAACCCUCUGUUUUCAACUAGAAUGGCCCAGCUAUUGGGCUAGCCAGGUCACGUGAUGAGGAAUUGGCUGCAAUUUAUCCCUGCUUGUCAGUUUAAUAGAGCAAGGUCCCCAUACGCCUGUUUUAUCAGCAAUAUAAGAUAUUAAAAAAUAAAAAUAAAAAGGUGGGUAGAAAAGGGGGAGGAGAUUGCAAAUAAUACUUACACUAAAAAGGAUAUAAAAUAUUGGAAGGGCCUGAAAGAUCCAGCGUUCCUUCCCCACCCACCCACCCGCAUCCCCCGCCCCCUCCUUUUGCACUGGGCCUCUGGAAAAAGCCAUGAAUUUUGAAUUUGAGAGGGAGAUAGGCUUCAUAAACAGCCAGCCAUCGCUAGCGGAGUGUCUGACGUCCCUUCCCGCUGUCCUGGAGACAUUUCAAACUUCAUCAAUCAAGGAACCACCGACGUUAAUUCCUCCUCCUUUGGAACAAACCCUCCUCGGCUUGGAUCCUUGUUCCAGCAGCCAGCCUGUGCUGAGGAGCCAAAAGAAAGCAAGGCAUGGGCAGGCCCAGAAAACCACGCUCCAGUCUUCUGCUCUGGGUGGAGAAUUCCCCUGGAUGAAGGAGAAGAAAUCUUUUAAGAAAGCUAACCAGAUCCCUGCCUCUUUGUCUCUCUCAUCUUCUGUGCCUGGAUUUGUCCCGGCUUCUCCUGCAGACACGUGUUUAGACCACAGCGAAAAAACUUCCCGACGGCUGAGGACGGCUUAUACCAACACGCAGCUCUUGGAGUUGGAGAAGGAGUUCCAUUUUAACAAAUACCUCUGCAGACCCCGCCGGGUGGAGAUCGCGGCUUUGCUGGACUUGACAGAAAGGCAAGUGAAAGUCUGGUUCCAGAACCGUCGGAUGAAGCACAAGAGGCAGACGCAGCACAGCGCAGAUCCUGCCGAAGAGGACCAAGGCAGCAGCCAGGAAACAGGGGAAGCGGAGAACGGCAGCUCUUCCUGCAGAGAAUCGCGGAAGUUGACUUGUCCCUACCCAGCCGGCAGUCACAGCAGAGAGAGUCGGAGUGCUCCAGCGCCUUACCCGAUGCUUAGCCAGGGCAGAGCUCCUGCCGCAGAGCUCGGCGAAACCGCCGGCGCUCGCACUAUCUCCUCUUGCUCGUCCUCCUGCUCUGGCUCAUCGCCGGGCGACGGGUUCCCGGAAAGUCAGAGGUCCCCUUUGCUGCCGCUGGACCCGAGCGGCUUCUCGGCGAAUUCCUGCCCACAGGCAGCAGGAGAGCUUUCACCCAGCCUCCAGGGCUGCGCAGAUAGCCCUAUAAGUUUCUCCCUAGAAGACCUAGACUUUUUUACCAGCACGCUGUGUGCGUUGGAUUUACCCCAUUUCAAUUUUCAGUAACCUCUCGAACCUCCAAUUUAUUAUUUGCCUUGGGUAAUAUACCCCUAUAAAUAAUACAAAGUGUAUGCACACACUAGUUAUGCCCAGUUAAGUGCAGUCAUUUCAAACCUUUUAGCCACGAAACUCCUAUUUUUCCCCCUCAGUACUUCUUGGGGAAGAAUGUUAGUGAAAUGAUUGCGAUAAAUUAUUUCGAUCAUUUUUUCCAAAGGGAAUUUAUAUUUAAAUGACAUUAGGAUUUUCUUUUAUUCCGCACCCUUUUACAAAUGCAUAAUGGAGCAUUUGAGGUUAAGCAGGUGCCCUAGGUGUUAAAAAUACAACAUAAUUGUAUAAGGAGGUUUUGUUUUUCAGCUCAAGAAAUUAUGCCCUUUAGAGUUUGAAAUAUUUCAAACAUCAGGUUCUUUCUUUUCCCAUACCCGUAUUUCAACCACCCUCCAUCCCAUUUUGACAGAGUAGAUAUUAACAAAUGCAGAACAAGAAAAAAAAUGUCCUAAUGAAAUUCUCAGGAACCAAAACAAGACAUUUAGAUGUCUUAAUUUUAAAAAGAAAGAAAGACAGACAGACAGACAGACAGACAGACAGACAGACAGACAGAAAGAAAGAAAGAAUUACCAUUACCUUUUAGAAGUAGAUUAUUUAUUUAAGUGUUUUAAUAAUAAAAUGCAAAUUAUUUAUUGUAUAUUAUUUUCAUAGAUUAAAUAAACGGCUUUAUAGUCUCUAAAAUGCCGCAUUCUUGUUUUAUAGGUAUUG